AUGGAGUUUUAUAUCAAGAUCUACGUUUCCUUGAUUUUGUUAUUUCUCCCUACGUCACUGUGUGGUAACGGCAAAUUAUUGAGGGAAUACAUAGGUGGCGAAGGCCUCAAUGUCAAAUUCUCCGAUGUGCCGAUCAAUGAGAAUAUUGAGGUCCAUUUUAUUCUGUCAUUUGCCAUCGACUACACCAGCUCUGCUAGCUUUCCCUCUCCAACAAACGGCAAAUUUAACGUCUUCUGGGACACCCAAAAUCUGAGCCCUGCGGACGUGUUGGAGAUUAAGUCGAAGCAUAAGAAUGUCAAAUUUGCUGUCAGCCUAGGCGGUGACGUGACAGGAGAUAACACUGCUGUACAGUUCAAUCCAUCUUCUGUGUCUUCAUGGAUUAGCAACGCAGUUUCUUCUCUCACUGAGAUAGUCAAGCAAUACCAUCUUGAUGGCAUCGACAUUGACUACGAGCAUUUUGAUCAUUCCAAUCCCAAUACAUUUGCUAAGUGUAUUGGGGAAUUAAUCUUGCAGCUGAAGCAGAAAAAGGUCAUCUCCAUGGCGUCCAUUGCUCCGUUUGAAGAUGAAGGCCCCGUGCAGUCUCAUAAUAAGGCACUGUGGAGGAAAUAUGGUCGAUUCAUAGACUACGUGAAUUUUCAGUUAUAUGCCUACGAUAGGAGUACCUCUGUCAAGCGAUUUCUCGAGUACUUCGACACUCAAGCCUCUAAUUAG